AUGGAUAAUAUGCACAACGAAGAAGAAUGGAGUUUCAAUAAUCCUGAAGAAUGGAAAAAUGAUUUUCCUAAAUGUAAUGGAUCAAAACAAUCACCCAUUGACAUAUCUUCGAAUUUAAUUCAAAAAAAAAAAAGUGAUUUUCAAUUAAAAUGGAAUAAUUAUGACGUUUUACCAAAAUCAAUGUCAAUUAAAAAUAGUGGUCGUACAAUUCAACUCAAUGUCAAAUGGUACGACAACAGUAGUCGUCCUUAUGUAACUUCAAAAAUAUUAAAUGACGAUUAUAUUUUUUACCAUUUGCAUUUUCGUUGGGGAGCAAAUGACAAAGAAGGAAGUGAUCAUACCCUAAAUGGCAAAAGUUUAAGUUACUCUAGAUAUCCAUUGGAAGUCCAGAUGGUUCAUUACAAAAAACAAUACAAGACAAUGGAAAAUUCAAUGAAUUAUCCAGAUGGAAUGAUGCUGCUCUCUUCCUUCUAUUCAACAGACAUUGUUGGUGAAUCAAUUGCCCUGGAAAAUUUUAGAUCUGAUAUAUCAAAAAUUAAAAAAGUCAACGAUUCAAAAGAAAUUAAAGUUUUUCCUUUGUCUCUGUUUGAUGUCAUCAAGAAAGAAAAUUCCUGGGCUACUUAUAAUGGCUCUUUUACAGAACCAGAUUGCGCUGAAGUUGUCACAUGGAUUUUAUCACUUGACAUUUAUUCAACAACCUCAAAACAGGAUACAAAGUAA